AUGUCUGAAAAGGAAGAGGCUGUAUUCCGUUCUGCGGACAUGUCUUUGGUUCAAAUUUAUGUUCCAACUGAAGUUUCAAGAGACAUCAUCUAUAAAAUUGGUCAAUUAGACAUUAUACAAUUUAGAGAUUUAAAUUCAAAAGUGAAUGAAUUUCAAAGAUCAUUCGUUAAAGAAAUAAGGAAAUUAGAUAAUGUUGAAAGACAAUUUAUUUUAUUUAAAAAAGAAUUAAAUUUGAAAGAUAUUGAAAUUAAACAAUAUCCUUUUGAAAUUGAAUCUAUACCGCAACAGAAAGUAAUAGAUGAAUUAAUUGAAAAUUCACAAUUAUUAGAAAAUAGAGUUGUUCAGUUACGUGAUUCAGUUGAAUCCUUAUAUGAAACUCAAAGAAAUUUAAAACAAUUUAAAUAUACAAUACAAGCCGUGGAUAAUUUUUUUCAAUUUGAUCAAAAAGCAUUAAUUGGAGAAGAUUCAAUUUUGGAAUCAGAUGGUUCAAGGGAUCUAAGAUCAGCAUCAUCUUUCAUUUCAGGUGUAAUAAAUCGUGAUAAGGUUUUUGUUUUACAACAAAUUUUAUGGAGAACAUUAAGAGGUAAUUUAUAUUAUCAUAGUGAAGAUGUAGUAGAUGAAGUUUGGGAUGAAAAGAAACAAGAGUUUGUUGCUAAAAAUUCAUUUAUUAUAUUUUCCCACGGUAUAUUAAUUCAUGAAAGAAUAAGAAAGAUUUGUGAUUCAUUAGAUGCAGAUUUAUAUGAUGUUGAUGUUUCAUUUGAAAGUAGAAAAGAACAAUUAAGUGAUGUCAAUAUGAAACUUUCUGAUUUAUCAACUGUCUUAAGUGAAUCUGAAAAUGCAUUAAGUUCUGAAUUAAUUGCCAUUUCAAAAGAUCUAGCAAAAUGGUGGGAAAUAAUAACUAGAGAAAAAGCUGUUUAUAAGACAAUGAAUAAAUGUGAUUAUGAUGGAUCAAGGAAAACUUUAAUUGGGGAAGGUUGGACACCAACAGAUUCAAUAAAUGAUUUAACAACUACUAUAAAAGGUUAUGACCAAUCUCAAUCAAUACCAACAAUCAUUAAUGUAUUAGAUACUAAUAGAACACCACCAACUUAUACUAGAACAAAUAAAUUCACUGUUGCAUUUCAAAGUAUUUGUGAUGCUUAUGGGGUUCCAAAAUAUAAAGAAAUUAAUCCUGGUUUACCUACUAUUGUCACAUUUCCAUUUAUGUUUGCAAUUAUGUUUGGUGAUAUGGGACAUGGUUUUAUUGUAACAUUAGCUGCAUUAGCAUUAGUUUUAAAUGAAAAGAAAUUAAAUAACAUGAAAAAAGAUGAAAUUUUUGACAUGGCAUUCACUGGUAGAUAUGUUUUACUUUUAAUGGGUGUUUUUUCAAUGUAUACUGGGUUUUUAUAUAAUGAUAUUUUUUCAAGAUCAAUGACAGUUUUUACAAGUGGUUGGAAAUGGCCAGAAAAUUUUAAAAUUGGUGAAACCAUAUAUGCAGAACAAAUUGGUACAUAUAUUUUUGGAUUAGAUCCAGCUUGGCAUGGAACUGAAAAUGCUUUAUUAUUUUCAAAUUCUUAUAAAAUGAAAUUAUCAAUUUUAAUGGGGUAUAGUCAUAUGACUUAUUCAUUAUUCUUUUCAUUAUUUAAUUAUAUAUACUUCAAAAGUCCUAUUGAUAUAAUUGGUAAUUUUAUUCCAGGUCUAUUAUUUAUGCAAGGCAUCUUUGGUUAUUUAUCAUUAUGUAUUGUUUAUAAAUGGACAGUUAAUUGGUUUGCUACUGGUAGACAACCACCUGGUUUAUUAAAUAUGUUGAUUAAUAUGUUUUUAAGUCCUGGUAAUAUUGCUGAACCAUUAUAUGAUGGCCAAUCAUCUAUACAAGUGUUUUUAGUUAUUGUUGCUUUGAUUUGUGUUCCAUGGUUAUUAUUAGUUAAACCAUUAUAUUUAAAAAGACAAAUUGAUAGAGAAGCUAAACAUCAUGCAUAUUCACAAUUAAAUGGUGAUGCAGAUUUAAUUGAUGAAGUACCAGCUAAUACUAAUGAAGAAGAAGAAGAAGAAGGAGAUCAUGAAGAACAUAAUUUUGGAGAUAUUAUGAUUCAUCAAGUUAUUCAUACAAUUGAAUUUUGUUUAAAUUGUGUUUCGCAUACUGCUUCAUAUUUAAGAUUAUGGGCAUUAUCAUUAGCACAUGCUCAAUUAUCAACUGUUUUAUGGUCAAUGACUAUUGGUAAUGCAUUUGGUCCAACAGGUUUUGUAGGUUCAAUUAUGGUUGUAUUUUUAUUUGCAAUGUGGUUUACAUUAUCAAUUUGUAUAUUAGUUGUAAUGGAAGGUACCUCUGCAAUGUUACAUUCAUUAAGACUUCAUUGGGUUGAAUCAAUGAGUAAAUAUUUUGAAGGUGGUGGUGUUUUAUAUGAACCAUUUACCUUUAAAGGUUUAUUAGACAAUGUAUUUUAA